CAUAGCAAAUUCUUUUGAAAACAUAGGUGUUUUCAAUGGAGGAGGCGGGCUCUGCUGGGAACUGCAUCAGAGGGGUGCAGGGAGAGCAGGGUGCUGUGGUUUGAGCUUGAGGGUGAAGCUGGCAGAGCAGGAGGAUGGACGAGCAGUCUGAAUGCCAGAAUGGAUAACCAUUUGGCUACAGCAUUUGUAAUUGCUUGUGUGCUCAGCCUCAUUUCUACCAUCUACAUGACAGUCUCAAUUGGCACAGACUUCUGGUAUGAGUAUCAAAGUUCAGUUCAAGAAAAUUCCAGCGAUUUGAACAAAAGCAUCUGGAACGACUUUGCUAGUGAUGAGGCAGAUGAAAAGAAUAAUGCUUGAAUUUUCUGAUAUAAUGGCACAGUGGGAUUGUGGAGAUGGUGCAUCACUAUACCCCAAAACACGUACUGGUAUAGCCCACCAGAAAGGACAGAGUCAUUUGAUAUGGUCACAAAAUGCAUGAGUUUCAUGCUAAAUGAGCAGUUCCUGUGGAAGUUUGUUGAUUCUGGAAAGCACGAUAGUGGGAUUGAUCUGCUUCGGACCUAUCUUUGGCAUUGCCAGUUCCUUUUACUUUUUGUUAGUCUAGGUUUGAUGCGCUUUGGGGCUUUGAUUGGACUUUGUGCUUGUAUCUGCCAAAGCCUGUAUCCCACCAUUGCCACAGGCAUGCUCCAUCUCCUUGCAGGUUUGUGUACACUGGGCUCAGAGAGUUGUUACUUUGCUGGAAUUGAGCUACUCCACCAGAAAUUAGAGCUGCCUGAGAAUGUGUCUGGCGAAUUCGGAUGGUCCUUCUGCCUGGCUUGCGUCUCAGCUCCCUUACAGCUCAAGGCUUCUGCUCUCUUCGUCUGGGCCGCUCAUACCGACUGGAAGGAGUACACCUUCAUGAAGGCAUAUCAUGUGACAUGA